UAUAAAUCCUGCAUGGUUUGAGAGAGAGAAGGAUAAUCUCUGCCACUCUAGAGAGAGAAAGAGGGGAUGGAUCUCUUGAAGAAAGAGUUGGAGCGCAAGAGGCAGAGCGUAAACUCAGACUUUGGUGGCCGCAAAUUUGCUAAGCGAUCAGAGAUCGAACAGAGAAAGCUCCAACAACUCCGUGAAGAAGAGCAGAACGAGCUCCAAUCCAAAGCCGCCAUUAAAGAGAAAUCUGCCCAAAACCCACAAGUUUCAGGCCAAAAACCAGACGCCCCACCUUCUUUAAUCCCCUCUUCGAAAUCCCAGAACUCUGAUGAGCAAAAGAUUGACGAGCUCGACCUCCCUAGGGCAGAGGUUAUUCGAAGACUGAGAUUUCUCAAACAACCAAUAACCCUUUUUGGUGAAGACGAUAAAGCAAGGCUUGAUAGGCUGAAGCUCCUUCUAAAGGCUGGAAUUCUUGAGAUUGAUAAUGAUAUGACAGAGGGCCAAACCAAUGAUUUUCUCAGAGACAUGGCAGAACUCAGGCAGAGGCAAAAGAGUGGGCUUUUGCAUUCUCGUAAAAAGCGGAAAGAGAAAGAUGGUGUUGAAGAUCGAGAAGGUGGGGGUCAAGGGGACGAUGAGAACAGCGGAGAUGGAGGGUCUUCGGGAAUGGAGGGCGAUAAGGAUUUGAAGAGGAUGAAGAGUGAUUUUAGUGAGCUCUGUGAUGAGGAUAAGAUACUGGUUUUCUUCAAGAGGUUGUUGAAUGAGUGGAACCAGGAGCUCGAGGAGAUGCCUGAGGCUGAGAAGAGGACUGGGAAGGGGAAGGCCAUGGUGGCAACAUUUAAGCAGUGCGCCAGAUACCUGAACCCACUCUUCAAAUUUUGCAGAAAAAAGGUUCUUCCUGAUGACAUCCGUCAAGCUUUGCUAGUAGUGGUGGAAUGUUGCAUGAAGAGAAAUUACUUGGCUGCCAUGGAUCAAUACAUCAAGCUUGCCAUUGGAAAUGCUCCAUGGCCCAUUGGUGUCACUAUGGUCGGUAUCCACGAGCGUUCAGCUAGAGAGAAGAUUUACACAAACAGCGUAGCUCAUAUUAUGAAUGACGAGACGACACGAAAGUAUUUGCAAUCAGUGAAGAGGCUCAUGACUCUUUGUCAGCGAAGAUACCCAAGUAUGCCUUCUAAGGCAGUGGAGUUCAAUAGCUUGGCAAAUGGCAGUGAUUUGCAGUCUCUCUUGUCUGAGGAGAUCACCAACCCAUCUGGAGAGGACAGGCUCAUGCUGAUGCCAGCUCCGAAAGAGAACAGCACACAUAUAUGAGUCGGCCAACCAUGAGAGAGAAUGGCGGUGAGGUAAGCAACGAGAACCAGGAAAUGUGUAGUAAGAGAAUUUUUGGACUAAUUAGGUCUCAUGUACAUGAUGUUUAUGCGUAUAAAAUGACAAGUCUGAUUUGUUCUUUUCGGUUGGAAAAUGUUUUGAUAGGGCUGUAACUGUAUCAAAAUAAGUUAAGCCUCACCUCAAAACUCACAAAAAAUUGUAGCUACUGGUGUCGGAUAACGAUCAAAUCGAUCAUCUCGACCUUGAUUAUUAUGGUUAUGAAAAAAAAUGGAUUUCAAGCUCUUGAAAUAGUGUAUAUUGUAAUACAUUAUCCAAACCAUCCAAUUUCAAGUAUUUAUGGAUCCAUAAGAUCUGUAACAUUUGAUUUGUAACAUUUUUGAGCUGGAAAUUGAUUUUAGAGCUGUCA